AUACCUAUUGGUUCUUCUUUUAAACAAUUUUGGCAAUCAACAACGUACUUUGCAAUUGGCAUCAUCAAAUUAAUGGCAUCUCAAAAUGAUGCUCCCAUCGUUUCUCUUCUGACUCCUUACAAAAUGGGUAACUUCAAUCUGUCCCAUAGAGUUGUUUUGGCACCACUGACGAGACUGAGGUCUUACAAUAACCUUCCCCAGCCUCAUGCUAUUUUGUAUUACUCUCAAAGAACUUCUCCCGGAGGACUUUUGAUAAGUGAAGCUACUGGUGUCUCUGACACUUCUCAAGGGUCGAUGAACACACCUGGCAUAUGGACAAAAGACCAAGUUGAAGCAUGGAAACCUAUUGUGAAUGGUGUUCAUGCCAAAGGUGGUAUAUUCUUCUGUCAGAUUUGGCAUGUUGGAAGGGUUUCAAGUUCAGUUUAUCAGCCAAAUGGGCAAGCACCAAUAUCUUCUACGGACAAGCCACUCAAACAACAAAUGGGAAACAAUGGCGCAGAAGAACCACAAUUCACACCACCAAGGAGGCUAAGAAUAGAUGAAAUUCCUCAUAUUGUCAAUGACUUCAGACUUGCUGCAAGGAACGCUAUAGAAGCUGGUUUUGAUGGGGUUGAGAUCCACGGGGCUCAUGGCUACCUACUUGAGCAAUUCAUGAAAGACAAAGUGAAUGAUCGGUGUGAUGAAUAUGGUGGAUCCCUUGAGAAUCGUUGCCGAUUCGCUUUGGAAGUGGUUGAGGCUGUGGUGAAGGAGAUAGGGGCAGAAAGAGUUGGAGUUAGACUGUCCCCAUUUACUGAACAUGAAGAAUGUGGAGAUUCAGACCCCAAAGCAUUGGGGCUAUACAUGGCCAAUGCCUUGAGUAGAUACAACAUUCUCUAUUGCCACAUGGUGGAGCCAAGAAUGAAGAAUGCUCUUGAAGUUGUUGAGUGCACUCACAGCCUUGUGCCAAUGAGAAAGGCCUUUAAGGGCACUUUCAUUGCUGCAGGAGGCUAUGGCAGAGAAGAUGGCAUCAAUGCUGUGGCUGAAAAUAGGACAGAUCUUGUUGCAUAUGGUCGUUUGUUCUUGGCUAAUCCAGAUUUGCCAAAGAGAUUUGGGUUAGAUGCGCCUCUCAACAAGUACAAUCGUCAGAAAUUCUACUCUAGUCACCCGGUUAUUGGUUACACUGAUUACCCAUUUCUUGAAUGAAACCAUUUUAUUAAUAUUGACUUAUAUGUUGUUGCUCAUUUCGAAUGUUGGAUGGUUAACUAUAGCAUUAAGUUUGUUUGAUGUUGAAGUUCUUUUCGUUGUGACAACUUAAUUUGAUGGUUAAAAUGACCUCUAUGGUUAAGUUUGUUGUUAUAAUUCAAAAAGUAAUGUGAUCUGUAUAAGAGAGGUUGAAGGUGCAGAAGGUAAAAAAUGAGUUUUUAAGUAGA